AUGUGGAUUCUCCACGGCAACGUAACUGAACGCGGAGACGUCGGCGGGGGGGUUCUAUGGCCGGCAGAGCCCCGCACCUUUGCGGGGUCCGGUGCGCCCCCGACGACCCUUGAAAAUCCGCGGGAAGGAAUAGUUUUCACGCCAGGUCGUACUCAUAACCGCAGCAGGUCUCCAAGGAUUGGCUCUAAGGGUCGGGCUCGCUGGGCCUUGGGGGGAACCCCUCGGAGCAGGGGGGCACUAGCCGGGCAACCGGCCGGCGCCCCCCAGCACCGGGUGGGGGACGCCCUUGGCAGGCUUCGGCCGUCCGGCGGGCGAUUAACGACCAACUUAGAACUGGUACGGACAAGGGGAAUCUGACUGUCUAAUUAAAAACAUAGCAUUGCGAUGGCCAGAAAGUGGUGUUGACGCAAUGUGAUUU